CCUGAAAUCCCUAACCCUAGGCGUUCGACCGGCCGUGGACGCGGGGCCGACGGCCGACGGGAGGCGGCCGUGGACCGCCAAGGACGCAAGGUGGCGAGGCGGCCAACGCCCGGCGGCGACACCGGCUGACGAGGGCAGGAGCCAGGAGGCGGCGUGGCCCGUGGCCCCGUGGGCGUGCGGCGAGCGGCAAGCAGGCGGGACUCGGGAGUCGGCGGCGGCCGGCGAGCCACGAGCGGGCGAGGGCCCCGGAGGGUGGGAAGGGAGGCGGUCAGGCGGCGGUCGAGCGCCGGCGCGCCGCCGGGGAGGUGGCGAGACGCGAGCCGUGCCAGGGCGCCAGGCGGCGGUCCAGCGCUGCCGCGCCGGCGGUGAGCGUGAUGAGCUACCGGAAGGGGUCGAAGGUGUGGGUGGAGGAGAAAGGGGAGGGGUGGGUGGAGGCGGAGGUGGUGGAGGUGAAGGACAGGGCCAUCGUCAUGCUCACCAGCCAUCGGAAGAAGAUUACAGUUUUGGCAGAGAAGUGUCUGCCCAGGGACACAGAUGAAGAUCUAGGUGGGGGGCAUGUCGAUGACAUGACCAAACUGACUUAUCUUAAUGAACCAGGUGUUCUAUACAAUUUGAAGAGAAGAUAUGCAUUGAAUGAGAUAUAUACAUACACUGGAAGCAUCUUGAUUGCUGUUAAUCCAUUCACGAGGCUUCCUCACCUGUACAAUGAGUACAUGAUGGAGCAAUACAAGGGUGUCCGACUAGGGGAGUUGAGUCCACAUGUUUUUGCAGUAGCUGAUGCAUCAUACAGGGCUAUGGUGAAUGAUUCCCGGAGCCAGUCAAUCCUGGUUAGUGGUGAAAGUGGCGCUGGCAAGACUGAGACAACAAAGUUUAUCAUGCAAUAUCUUACGUAUGUUGGUGGUAGAGCUGCUAUUGACGAUCGAACUGUUGAACAGCAGGUUCUUGAAUCUAACCCUCUUCUGGAGGCAUUUGGCAAUGCAAAAACAGUUAGAAAUGACAACUCAAGCCGGUUUGGCAAAUUUGUGGAGAUGCAAUUUGAUGCAAAUGGUAGAAUAUCUGGGGCUGCUAUUAGGACCUAUCUUUUGGAAAGGUCCCGUGUUGUGCAGAUUAAUGAUCCUGAAAGAAAUUUUCAUUGCUUUUAUCAGUUAUGUGCGUCUGGAAAGGAUGCAGAACUGUACAAGCUUGGUCACCCAGGGAGUUUCCAUUACUUGAAUAAAAGUAAGACAUAUGAAUUGGAAGGAACAAAUAAUGAAGACGAGUACUGGAAGACAAAAAGGGCAAUGGAUAUUGUCGGAAUUAGCAGAAAUGAUCAGGAUGCUAUAUUUCGGAUACUGGCAGCCAUUCUUCAUCUUGGCAACAUUGAGUUUUCUCCUGGAAAGGAAAUUGAUUCUUCAAAAAUUAAGGAUCCAACAUCAAAUUUUCACCUUCAAAUGGCAGCCAAACUAUUCAUGUGUGAUCCAGAUCUGUUGGUCUCAACUCUAUGUACACGCGCCAUUAACACUCUCGAAGGAGCAAUUAUAAAAGCAUUAGACUGUUCUGCAGCAGCAGCUAAUCGUGAUGCUCUAGCAAAGACUGUAUAUGCAAGACUAUUUGACUGGCUUGUUGAGAAUAUUAACAAAUCUAUUGGUCAAGAUGUUGAUUCCAAAGUACAAAUUGGUAUCUUGGAUAUUUAUGGUUUUGAGAGCUUCAAAAAUAACAGUUUUGAGCAAUUCUGCAUCAACUUCGCCAAUGAAAAGCUUCAGCAACAUUUCAAUGAGCAUGUAUUCAAGAUGGAACAGGAGGAGUACAAAAGCGAGAAAAUCGAUUGGAGCUACAUUGAAUUUAUUGAUAACCAAGAUGUUUUGGAUUUAAUCGAAAAGAAACCGAUUGGAAUUAUUGCACUGCUGGAUGAAGCUUGCAUGUUCCCAAAAUCUACUCAUGAGACCUUUGCAACAAAGAUGUUCAGGAAUUUCUCUUCGCAUCAUAGGCUUGAGAAGACAAAAUUCUCGGAGACAGAUUUUACUAUCUCCCAUUAUGCUGGGAAGGUGACGUAUCAAACAGAAUCAUUUUUGGAGAAGAAUAGAGAUUAUAUUGUUGCAGAGCACUGCAAUCUUUUAUCUUCGUCAAGAUGCCCUUUAGUUUCUGGACUUUUUGGUACAUUACCAGAAGAAUCUUUGAGAUCGUCGUACAAGUUCUCAUCAGUUGCUUCAAGAUUUAAGCAACAACUUCAAGCCCUCAUGGAAACCCUCAACUCGACAGAGCCUCACUACGUACGCUGCGUGAAGCCUAACUCUGUUAAUCAGCCUCAGAUUUUUGAAAAUCAGAGUGUCCUGCAUCAACUACGCUGCGGAGGUGUUUUAGAGGCUGUUCGCAUCAGUCUUGCUGGCUAUCCUACCAGAAGGACUUAUGCUGAAUUUGUUGACCGGUUUGGUGUUCUGGUUCCCGAGUUGAUGCUUGGAAGUUAUGAUGAGAGGGCAUUGACAAAGGGAAUUCUUGAAAAGAUGAAGCUUGAUAAUUUUCAACUUGGUAGCACUAAGGUUUUCCUUAGAGCUGGUCAAAUCGCAAUUUUAGAUAUGCGUCGUGCUGAAGUUUUGGAGAACGCUGCACGCCACAUUCAAGGUCGUUUCAGAACAUUCAUUACACGCAAAGAGUUUGUGAAAACAAGGGAGGCUUCAAUUUCUAUACAAGCAUAUUGCAGAGGCUGUUUGGCAAGGAAGAAGUAUAUGGUUAAAAGAGAAACAGCGGCUGCUAUAAUUGUUCAAAAAUAUGUCAGGAGAUGGCGGCUUCAUCGGACUUACCAGCAAUCUCAUUCAGCAGCUCUUCUUAUUCAAUCCUGUAUUCGAGGAUUUAUCGCUCGCCAUUAUUUCUCAGUUAUCAAAGAGCAGAAAGCUGCUUUGGUGAUACAGUCCUUGUGGAGAAAACGGAAGGUUAUCAUUCUUUUCCAACAAUACAGGCAAGCCACUGUGGCAAUUCAGUGUGCUUGGAGACAGAAAGUUGCAAGAAGAGAACUAAGGAGACUCAAAAUGGCUGCAAAUGAAGCAGGUGCACUGCGUGAGGCGAAGAAUAAACUUGAGAAAAAGUUGGAUGAUCUUACUCUGAGACUAACUCUGGAAAGGAGACUGCGGGCUGCUGGUGAGGAAGCGAAGUCAGUAGAAAUAUUAAAGCGCGACAAACUGAUAGAAUCAUUAAGUGCCAAAUGUGCUGCUGCCAAGUCGGCUGCUCAAAGCGAACACGACAAAAAUCUGCUACUCCAGAGGCAGUUGGAUGAUUCAUUGAGAGAGAUAACUAUGUUGCGGAGUAGCAAGAUUAUGACAGCAGAAGCAGAAAGGGAGAACUCCAAUCUGAAGAACUUAGUUGAAUCAUUGUCAAAGAAUAAUUCAUCACUUGAAUAUGAACUCACCUCAGCUCGUAAAGGUAGUGAUGCUACGAUGAAGAAAUUGAAAGACGUAGAGGGAAAAUGCAACCAUCUCCAGCAAAAUUUGGACAAAUUGCAGGAAAAACUUACAAACAUGGAAAAUGAAAAUCAUGUUCUUAGGCAAAAGGCAUUAAACAUGUCUCCGUUGAACAAUAUGCCCAUGACUACAAAGGCUUUUCCUCAGAAAUUCGCUACACCGAUUGGGCUUCCAAAUGGCGAGCAGAAGCACGGAUAUGAAACACCACCACCAGCAAAAUAUCUCGCUUCACUUCCACAGAGUUUAACUAGAUCAAGGAGAACCAGGAUGCCUGUUGAAAGGCAGGAGGAAAAUCAUGAAAUCUUAUUACGAUGCAUAAAGGAAAAUCUAGGAUUCAAGGAUGGUAAACCAGUCACCGCAUGCAUUAUCUACAGUUGCCUUUUACACUGGCGUGCUUUUGAAUCUGAGAGGACUGCUAUUUUUGAUCAUGUCAUUGAAGCCAUAAAUAAUGUUCUCAAGGGGGAAGAGGCUGACGGUAGAUUACCUUAUUGGUUGUCCAAUACCUCUUCAUUGCUAUGCCUUCUGCAGAAGAAUUUACGGUCAAAUGGAUUAUUUGCUACACCAUCCCGCAGGUCUGGUGGAACUCUAGGGAUUGGUGACAAGAUAGUGCAAACACUCAGAUCUCCUUCAAAGCUUAUGGGACGCAGUGAUAAUCUUGGACAAGUGGAUGCUCGGUAUCCAGCCAUAUUAUUCAAACAGCAACUAACUGCGUGUGUUGAAAAGAUUUUUGGGCAACUUAGGGAUAAUCUGAAAAAGGAAAUAUCACCACUUCUUAGUGUCUGCAUUCAGGCUCCAAAAUCAUCACGUGCACAGCCUGGAAAAGCAACCAAAUCACCUGGGAUUGGUGCUCAACCACCAUCAAACUCCCAUUGGGACAAUAUUGUCAAAUUUCUUGACCUGCUUAUGGACACUUUACAUGAAAAUUAUGUGCCAUCAUUCUUUAUACGUAAACUUAUCACUCAGCUAUUCUCUUUUAUCAAUAUACAGCUUUUUAACAGCCUUCUUCUUCGGCGUGAAUGCUGUACUUUCUCCAAUGGGGAAUAUGUCAAAGCCGGUCUGUCAUUGCUGGAGAAAUGGAUUACUGAUGCCACGGAUGAGUUUGCAGGAACAUCUAUGCAUGAGCUAAAUUAUAUCAGACAAGCUGUCGGAUUUUUGGUCAUACAUCAAAAAAGGAAGAAGAAGCUUGAGGAGAUUAGGAACGAACUUUGCCCGAACUUGAGUGUACGCCAAAUAUACAGGAUAUGCUCAAUGUACUGGGACGACAAAUACAAUACCCAAGGAAUAUCAAAUGAGGUUGUUUCUGCAAUGAGGGAGGAAGUAAACAAAGAUACUCAGAAUCUCGUAUCAAAUUCCUUUUUAUUAGAUGACGACUUAUGUAUACCGUUUUCUACAGAGGAUUUGUCAAUUGCCAUCCCUGCAAUAGAUUAUGUAGAUAUAGAACUUCCAGAAUCUCUUCAUCACUAUGCAUCAGUACAGCUCCUACUCAAGCAUCAUGAUCCACAGCCUGUCUAAUAGUAUGGUUGGGGUUGCCUUGAAGAUUCGUUUAUUUUUAUUCCCAGGUUUUAGUGGCGUUAUCUUUUGAACUGUUGUAUGGUUGUUAGGCUUGUAGUCUUAAGUUUAUCCGGGGGUGAAAAGGUUGUAACAGAAAUGGUAGGAUGUCAUUUCAAAGCAACAAUUGUUUCUAGGUGAAAAUUAAACCACCGUGGACCCUGGGUGUCCACCUGUCCUAUGUUCAGAUCAUCAGAUGUACAUAGUGUUGUAGAGACUGUUAAGCAUUUGCCAUGGAAAAAUAACUAUCUUCUGCUGCGUCAGUUUUGUUCU